CACCAAAAACCCCACGAAACCCGCCUUAUAAACAACACACACUCUCCAUCCAUCGACGACAUUUACAUCCCGCAACAAUCCCAUACACCCCUUCACCGAGCGAUGCAUUUCGCCGCCCCGGCACCGUCAGAUUAAACCUCCCCGCCUCCUUCACCAACCAAACAGCGAUUGCACAGUACACUACCCAACCAACCUAGGAUAUCCCGCAACCCAAGCGGCUCCACACCGUCUGACGGGACCAGCGGACUCGGCCGUGGGCGCCACGAUCGCUCGAGCGAGCGAUUCCGAUAUCGAUAUGCCAGGCACGCCAUCAGUGCGAGCGGACGCGGCGGCGGCGGAGGAGGCGAUGAGGCUGCACGCGUCGUGUCCGCCAGAGGAGGAGCGCGGGGAGGCUUGGGUGGCGGCGGUAGAAGGCGACGAGUCAGAGGCCGUGAGUGGGAGUCAGAGUGCUACGCCGACGCCGACGCCGACGCCGCCGCCGGAUGGACAGCAGAUGAUGAAGAGGGUUGAGGGGGGGCAGCGAGGGAGUGUGGAGAUGUUGUCGCCUGUUAGUGUGGAGGAGAAGGGGGAGGAGAAGGAGAGGGAGGCGCCGGUGCUGAGGAGAAGUUAUGCAGGGAGUUCGCCGUCGAUGAGCUAUGAGUUCUCGAAUGUCCGGUUGAAGCCGUCGUCGCCGUCGUCGUUUUUGCGGUCGGGAAGCCAGUUUCGCGGCACGCAGCAUUCGGAGAGACAGGUUUAUGAGGUGCAGGUUGAGAUUAAACAUGUCGAUAUGAGAGAGUCGUCGCUAUGCGGAUACCUGCGCAUACAAGGCCUGACUGAGGACCACCCAACCCUGACGACGUACUUUGAGGGCGAGAUCAUCGGGACAAAGUACUCCUUCCUCACCAAGCACGACGACUGGGGCUCGACGGACAAGGUGGACCUGGAGCACUGGUCGAAGUUCCAGGCGUUCCGGCCCUUCAGCAAGGCAGCGCGGCGGGGGAACCUUCACAUCCCCAACCUGGCGCAGCGAGAGAACAUCUUUAUGCGCUGGAAAGAGCACUUCCUCGUCCCGGACCACCGGGUACGCACGAUCACGGGGGCGAGUUUCGAGGGGUUCUAUUAUAUUUGCUUUAACCAGCGGAGCGGGAGCGUGAGCGGGAUUUACUUCCAUGCGAAGAGCGAGAAAUUCCAACAGCUCGAGCUCAAGCACGUCCCCGACCGCGGGACCUACGGCGCAAUUGAAUUCAGGUGAGCUGGCUGGCACAGGGCCCCUGGCAGGGACACACGGAGUAGGGCGACACGGACAGGGUGAACACACACACACAGACACGACAUACGGCGAUUUUAGGGCAGGACAACAUGAGCGCGGUGCAUAUACGGAAACUGAUUCCCCCCAGCCCAGCCUCCUCAAUCACCCCCUCCCUCCCCGAACUCUAGCAAGGAGCUUAGGUGGUUUGGGAGGGGGAGGCAGGAGGCUGGCGGGCUUUGUUUACUCGAUUUCGAUUUUGUCUAUUUUACUUUUACGUUUAUUUUUUGUCAUUUUUUUUGGAGACCUUUCUACAGGAUGGGAAGAGGGAUUGAGGGAUGCGUUGCGUUGAAGGGGGGGGGGGUU